AGACAGGGCGGGCCGCGGCCUCUUCUGCCGGUUGCUAGGGCCGCACAGUUGGGUGGCAACGCGGGCGCGCGUCCGUGGAGCGGCCGCCAUGGAGGGCUCCAUGGUGCGGCGCACGCAGGAGUUGCUGGGCCGAGUGAUCCGGAAGCCGCCGCUGACGGAGCGGCUCCUCAGCAAGCCCCCCUUCCGCUACCUGCACGACGUGAUCGGAGAGGUAAUUAGAUCAACCGGUUUCAUGAAAGGACUGUACAACGAAGCAGAGAUGAAAUCUGAUAACGUUAAGGACAAAGAUUCAAAAAUUGCCUUCCUUCAAAAAGCCAUAGAUGUUGUUAUGAUGGUGACAGGGGAAUCCUUGGCAGUCAAGCCGGGACGUAUCGUUGCUGGGCACGAACCUGAAAGAACCAAUGAGUUUCUACAAGCAAUUGCCAAGUGCUGUCUCAGUAAGCUAUCCAGUGAUGAUGCUGUUCAAAAAGUUCUUGCUGGGGAGAAAGCGGAUGUCAAAAGAAAAACCCCAUCUUCUUCUAAAUCCCAAAACAAAGAAAUCAAGGAGUCUAAGGGAGAAGAACAGAGAUCUCCCAAAGAGGGAAGAGGUCUCUCUGAACUAAAAGAUAAAAACACAGAUCAAGACCAGAUAGCCAAAGAAGAGGUGAAAGAGGCAGAAAGCAAAGAAAAAGAAAGUGACAAGCCCAAAGAAAAUGAGAACAAGCAGAAAACUCUCCAUAAAGACCCUCAUAAAGAAGGUGAAAGACAUGAAAAGGAGAGAACCAAGAACAGAAUGUCGAAACCGGGAAGAGAGGCAGAAAAAAACAGAGACAAAGAAAAAGGGGAAGGAGAGCAAGAAAAAGACCCAGAACGCGCUAAAGGACGAGACAGAGAAAGGAGACAUGAUGGAGGAAGAGAGAAAGACAGAUCCAAAGAAAAAGACAAAGAGAGAGGCAAAAACAGGGAGAAAGAACAUGAGAAGGACAGAGAAAGGGGGAAAGACAGGGAAAGAGAAAGACGGAGGGAGAGAGGCAAAGACGCAGAGCAGGCUCGAGAACACGGGAAGGACAAAGGAGAAAAAAAGUCCACAGGGCUUGAAGACAAUAUAAUGAGAAAAACUGAAGAAAGAUUGAUAAAAGAAAAGGCUGAGCCAGAUGAAGAAAGUGAAAGCUUAGCAAGACUGUCCAGGCAACAUUCAACAAAAGGAGCACGACAGCGAGGCAAAACCGGCAGUGAAGGACGAAAGGAAGCUAGUAAAAGUGUAUCUAGUGGUGCAUUUGACAGGACACCUAGCAUAUUAAAAGAGGAAGUUGAGCCAGUUAUUGGAGUACAAGAGCCAGGUGAAUCAGCCAGUGAUGCAGAAGGAGACACUCCGAGCACCGCUGCUCCUGAGACAAUGGUGACAGUUGAGAAUGGUGAAUUAAAUGGCGAACCACCUCCUCAAGUCAAUCUAAGAAGAUUGCCACGACCCAGCAGUGCCAGGCCUGCUCCGCCCCGGAUAAGACGUCAAGAAAGUGCAGAGAUUUUACAGCCAGAGAGAAAUGGCAGUGCCAGAAUAGUCUCAAAUGUCAUUAUAGAUAAAGAGGAGGAAGAGGAAGAAGACGACCAGUUUGUUGUGGAAGCAUCAUCAGAGGUGCCUGAGCUGACAGAAAUAGCAACGGAGGCAGCGGUAGAGUUGGAAGGAGAUGAGAAACAUGGUGGGCUUGUCAAAAGAAUAUUGGAAACAAAGAAAGAUUAUGAACUGUCACAGGCUCCAAAAUCUGCUGAGAAGGAGAAGCCCCUUUUGUAUGAAUCAGCCAGGCGAAAAGAGAAAGAUCUUGUAGCAAGAGAAGUAGAUAAAUUCCGGGGAUCCAUUCAGGCUCUUUGUCGCAGUGCUCUGCCUCUUGGAAAACUCAUGGAUUAUAUUCAGGAAGAUAUGGAUGCCGUUAAGAAUGAGUACCAGAUGUGGAAGAAUGAGAACAAGCAACUUGCAGAAGCCCUGCAGAAGGAACAAAGUAUCACAGAUAGUGCGGUGGAGCCACUAAAAGCAAAACUGGCAGAGCUGGACCAGUUGAUCAGAGAUGAACAAGAUAAGAUUUGUGCCAAAAGGGCUGCUGUUUUGAGGAACGAUGAAAAAAUUCGAAAGAUGAUUCUUAAUAUCAAUUCGAGAAAGUGAAUGCGAUUAGGAUAAAGAGCUGGAACCCUUCCCCUCCCCACCCCACAAGCAGAAUAUAAGUGGGAAACAAACAAAAUAGCCUUGUGUGCAAAUAAAACUGUAUCAUACAAUAUCUAUACAGUUUCAGAUUCAUAUAUUUAUGUUAGUGAUACUGUGUAGAUGAAAUUUGCCUUUCAUUUAAUUUAAGUGAAAAACAUCCAUUUUAGCCUUAGUGAGGUAGUUUUUUUCUCGAAUCUGCGGCAGUCGCUUUCCUGCAUACCUGCUGAUCAAGCGUAGGCCUUUUAUUUAUGGUGGACUGGAGACAUUUUAAGCAAAUAAAAACUAUUCUGCUACUUUAUUUAUUUGACUUCGGAAAGAUUGCAGUUGAAGUGGCCGGAAACGUUUCCUUGUGCUGGCAAACCCGUUGAGUGAACUUGCAAAGAAAUCCUUGCUGAUCAAGAAACAACAUUCUCUUUAAUGAUGCUUCCUGCAUUCACUGUUAACCAUCAUAGAUUUCAGUACAAGCUGUGUGAAACAUCACCACAGAAGAUCAACAUAUGAGUUUAUCAACAUGAGUUCCAUGUGCAUGGCCUUCAUUUUCUUGGAAAAAGGACUAAUUUGAACAUCCUUUCCCUGCUUAAAUUUAGUCAUGUAUGUUUCUACAUUAAAUGAUUAUGAGAGAAUUAUUAAUCAGUUUGCUGGCAGGUGGAGAUCUUUGUAUAUAUUUGUCUUUCCCACAUAUGUCCCUCAACACACUUGAAGUAUCCAUGUUAUACUUACUAGUACAUAAUACUCUGCUAUGGGUGCAGACAUUGCACACCGAGUGUAAUUUGGAAGUAUAUGUUACUACUUCUGAAGUUACACCAUUUCCAGAGUAACAGUGGUCUAAAGCUCAUUCAUUUCAAUUGGCUUAGUCUGGAAUAUCUCUACAUAGGAUUGCACUGUAUCUCAGUCAAUAUGUCUUACAUUUUGAACGUUUUUUCAGCAAAUGAGAUUUUACAGACAUCACUGACUUUCUACUUCCCGAUUGACCAUUUCUCUUUUCCAAAGUGACUUUCCUGAUAACUUACUAGAUACUAUGCAGGAAGAACGUAGCCUGAUGUUUCUACAUUUUGGACAGCUUUUGGAAGGUGGAGAAAUGUGUUGCAUUAUUGCAGGUAGCCACAUAAACAUAUUUGCUUGGCAUAUACCGUGAAGGGCAGAAGAAUGUCUAGGGAUAGCUGCACAUGGUGUUUGCUUCUGUAUGUGCUGACUGGUGGAGUCUUGGUUCUUGCCUUUGACUGACAGGGUCCCACUGACUCUGAGGAUGCCACCUUAAGCUCCUGCCCCAAGAAGCACUUUUCAGAAGUUUGUCCUUGCCUUGUGGCAAAGCUCUGAUCAGCCCCUUCUGACUAAACAGCAAUUUUCAAUUCUAGAAAAGAGUACGAGAAGGUAAUUGGGGGGGAACUGCCAUGAGGUAUCAGCAUAGAUGUUAGGCUAUGCUGCAAGCUCUUUUCAAAAUGCAUGGUUCAUACAGUGGCUUCUGCGCUUGGACAAUCGGACAUCUGCGACUUAACUCAGUGUCUAAAAUAGCUUGUCAUGUUUCUGAAGCGAUCUGUGUACGUGGUGAGACUGGUUGCGUUAGAAGAAAGAAACAUACACCUCUUCAAAAAUGUACAUCAUAAAAUGUAAUUUGUAAUAUAUAUUCUUUUUAUAUAAAAUAAUAAAUGAUCUAUUUAUUUUCUAAAGUUUA